AUGGCACACCCAAUCCUGGCCCUGAGCGCAACUCUGCUGCUGCAGCUGCUCCUUCUCUCGCCCGCCUGGGCGGGCAUUAGCUAUCUGGACGAUGAGCAUGCCGUGGCGCAUACACAGCAGAAUGUGGUCAGGAGCUACGAUGGCACCGUCUCGCACUAUGCCAAGUCCCUGGCCACGCCCUACUCCCAGGUGCACAAGCAGGACACGCGCAUCAGCAACAAUGUCUACCAGCCGGCCAUUGCCAAGACCAUCAGCUAUGCCGCUCCAGCGCCGGUCUAUGCACAGCAUCAGCAGCAGCAGCAGCCCACGCUCUUCACCCAGGCAGCUCCAGUGGCUCCCGUCUACCAUCAGCAGCAGCUGCAGCACAUUCCAGCUGGCCAUGCUAGCUAUGCCAGCCAGCAGCCCGUCGUGGUCCAUUACUCGCCCGCGGAGACCGUUUCCCACAUGAGCUUCGAUGGAUUCGGCACUCACUGGGGCUACUAG